AUGAUUUUGCAGCAGGAAAACUCAAGACUUGACCAUGAGGAAAAAAAGAGGGAAGAAUUCAGAAGGGUUUGCAAGUCAUGGUACAAACUAAUCCAUGACCCUGUUUUCAUCCAAUCCCACCUUCAACAUUCCAUUCCUGGAUUGAUAGUAAAUCGAACCCUUAUUGAUAGAAGGUGUAUCUAUGAAACAUACUUCAAAGAUAUGAAAAACAAAGAGAGUACAAAAGAAGAUUUGAAGUUUGGUACCAAAGGAGAGAUCAUUGGUAGCUGCAAUGGUUUGGUAUUCCUAAAAACUAAGAGAACCCACUUUUCUGUGGCAAAUUUGAUGACUAAAAAAGGGGUGAACCUUCCUUCAACUACUAGGAGUGGGUUAGAUUUUUUGCAACUUUAUUAUGGGUUCACUUAUGUUCCUGAAAUUGGCAUUUAUAAGUUGGUGCACCUUCUGAUGUAUAAGAAUACUUUGAAAUGUGAGGUGCUGUCUUUGGGGGGUUCUGGUAGCAAUGCAUGGAGAUGUAUCAAUGGAUCUACAAUUUCAUUGACUGGUGAAGAUGAAAAAUGGCAAUUUCAUUCUUCGAAAGUGGUAGCGAUAAAUGGGUUCGUGCAUUUUGUUGGUCUCAGACUUGUUCAAUCUUCAUCCGUAUACAUAGUUUCAUUUGAUGCAGGUGCAGAGGUCCUUAAUCUGAUCCGAUCUCCAAUUCAUUAUUUUUCAAUGUGUGAUCCUUUCCUAGAACUUGGAGGUGUGUUAUCACUUGUUGAAGCUACUGAUCAUUCUGAAAACAAUACAUACAAUGUAUGGAUUUUGAAGGAUUGGUUGAAGGGGACAUGGGUGAAGCAACAUACAUUCUCAGUAAGGAAACCAUCUGUGGAGGGUACCCUACAAUGGGUUAACAGAUCUGAUAGUGCUCAAGUCCUAUGUAGCUUAUCACAUGGAGGAAGAAAAACCAUAAUCUUUCAAAUCAAGUCAUCUUCCGAAAGAGUUUCUCACAUUGAAUAUGAUCUUGAAUUAAAUCAAGAGAGUGAAAUAAAAUUUGAUAUUAGUAGCGGAUGUCCCUCCGGGUUUUUUACUUAUGUCAAUAGCUUGAUCUCUCCCAAGUUGCUAUAAAUGGGUGCUCUUAAGCCUUUGAAAACUGUAUCCUUCUCUUCUUUUUAUCCAAUGAUGGAAUAGUUGAUCCAGAUUUGAUAAAAA